CAAUAACUCACAGCUGUCCACUAUUCCAUUUAAUGCCGCCAUUACUGACGGCCGGGCCCGCCAAAUGGAAAGCAAAAUGCUUCAAAUCCUUUAUUUCCCCAUUAUGAUUUCGAUUCUUUGUUUAUUUCUUGGUUCCUUUCAUUUAUUGAAUUCAAUUACAUCUUUAAUGCGGGCUUAAUUAUUACGCUUACUGCUGGUUUAUAUAGAACGGGACUGCCUCUCCAUAUCCACUCGCUGCGCUCUUCAAUUCGUCGUCUGCUUUCUCAUCUCGCAAAAUAAAAAACAGAAUUCCGCCGUCAUCAAUGGCAGCUGAUGUGAGCUCCCUGCUGAGGAUGAUGAGCGGUCGGGAAUUGAAUGAAUCUGGUGGCGGCAAGUCAACGGCCCCCCCGAUCACGAGGGACCUCCUUGGCGGGUGUUGCUCCCUUGACUCCAAGGAGUUGGACCUUGACUUGCAGGUUCCUUCUGGUUGGGAAAAGCGCCUCGACUUGAAGUCAGGGAAGGUGUAUCUCGAGAGGUCCAAUUCGUCGCUGAGAUUGGGAGAAAAGAAGAAUGAGAGAUGGUGGGAUGGAAAGAUGCAGCAAGACCUCAACUUUCCACCAUCGUCGUCCUUGUCCCCCUCUUCGAAGGCAGGGAAAGUUGAGAGGACGUUGUUAGAGUUGAAGCUGGUGAAUUCUGCACCGCAGCUGCCACCGUGCCAACAACAGCAGCUGCCAAGCGUGUGCACCCUGGAGAAAGUCAAAUCCGCGCUUGAACGGGUGGUGGAGAAGGAGGAAUCAAGCAGCAGCAGCGGCGGCAGGAAGCGAGCCAUCUCGCUCUCCAACUCAUCUUCCUCGCCCCCGCUCUCCCAUUCUCGAGAUUAUUAUGAAGUUGAUCUCCAUCAACAGAACGCCAGCAGCAGCAGUCAUUGUACGAGUAGUGAAUCUGCUGCUGCUUCUUCAUCAUUUGCUGCCGGCUGCCCUUGUUGUUUGCUCUAUGUUAUCAUCUCAAAGAGCAGUCCUAGAUGCCCUAGAUGUAACACUAUCGUUACUUCCCCGACCCUCAAUAACAAAAAGCCUCGCAUAGAUCUUAACAUUUCUAUUUAAUUUUAAAAAUCAUCACAUAUACUAUAUCAUAUGUAAGGGUGUCUGUUCGGGUCAUUUUUUGUUUUGCUUCUGCUUUUACUUUUAGUUUGUAAGGAUAUAUAGAUCAAUAUAUAUUUAUAAAUUUAUGUAUAUAUACAGUAAUAUCUGCAAUUGAAUAUAGAACAUUAUAUAGAAGCUUAAUCGCUUUGCACUGCUUUGUUGAAAGGGUGGUAGAUGAAACCAUAGGUUCUAUACAUUUCAUCUUUGAAAUCCAGAAAUGUCAUUUUCUUCUA